UCACUUACUCAGCAACUACUGAGAGUGAAAGAGAGCGAACCAAAGUUCACCUCUCCCAGAAGAAGAUGACUUUAAAUUCUAUUUAAUUUCUUCACCAAAAUCCACACACUACACUCUUGAAAACUGUAAUUCAUUCACGAAUCCUAGAAAUUCCAUUCAUUGGAAGCUGCAGAAAGAAGAAAAAAAGAGCUCCUUCCUAGAUUCCUCAAAGCUCCCCAUUUUCAAUUUUUCAGCUAUGGCGGUUUUCAAAACCCUAGCUUUCCUGUUCGUUUUCAGCUUCGAAACUUUGGCGGCUGCUGCAGAUGCAAAUUCCUCGUUUUCCUUUGAUGGGUUUGUGAAAUCUCCGAGCUUUCACAAGAAUAUUGCUCUGUUUGGAGAUUCUAAGCUCGUCAGUGGUGGUUCGUCGAUUCAGCUGACUGGCUCAGUGAGUCGGAGCCAAGGGCGAGUCAUUUACAUGAAACCCAUCAAACUCUCCCAAGCUACUACUAAAGGGAGAAGCUUUCCAGGUUCAUUCUCGACUAGUUUCUCGUUCACCAUGCCCUCCAAAGAGAUUGGGAGUGUCCUGGCUUUUGUAAUGGUUCCAAGUGGUUUGGAUCUUAGGCUGUUUGGUAGAAAGGAUAACGCUUCCUCAGGUCUAGGUUUCUUAAUGCAUAAAGAGAUUGUUGCUGUCGAGUUUGGUAUCUCCAAGAGAGGAAACCGUGUGGGGGUCUUAGUUGGUAGACCUGAAGCUGCUAAAAUUAGAAACUUAUCAUCUUUUGAUGGCCAUUUCAACGGAGAGAAGAGAUUGAAUUGUUGGAUUGAUUACGAGGCGAGCUCAAAGAGAGUAGAGGUUCGUUUGAGUGUUUCUACUGCCUUAAAGCCUGUAGAUCCGUUCGUGUCUUACUCAGUAGACUUGGCUAAGAUAUGGGAAGACAAGAAGUUCAUGGUGGGUUUGACCUCUUCAAAUGGAAACUCUUCCAAGCCACAUUAUCUCCACUCAUGGAGUUUCAAGCUGAGACAUCCCUCGGUGAGGAUUCACUCGCAGCCGCUUGAUCCAAACGCAGUUUCCAAGACUGUUGAGGAGGUGGAGGUGAAGACGGUGGAAGUAAAAGGGAAGAAGAGCAAGUGUAUUUGGAGAAUGCUUGGUGCGUUGGUUCUGGGUGCGGUUUGUGGAAGUCUAGGAGCGAUGUUAACGUUAUAUAUCUGGACAAUAUGCGGUAAUAGGCGGUCAAUGGCAGUGGUUCCUGAGGAACGUGCUGAUGACAAAUCAGAUAUUGUCGUGAUAAAAGCUGCAGCUGUUGUUGAUGAACAAGGCAAGAAGUAGUUUCGUGUUUUCUUUUAAUAGAAUUUUGCAAGUCUUUGUGUAUUGUAUUGUAAAUUCUUGUGUCCUUCUGUUUGUUUGUUAGUGGCAAGUUUGGUGAGAUAAGUUUUCACAUGUAGAAUCAUUUACGAUAUGUAUUAAUUAAGAUCCUGAAUUAUUGAACAAAUUCAAUGCA